CUGCUUCUUUUUGUCAGGGAUAAAAUACAUAGAUUUACUUUUUGUGUCCCAGCUGAGUAACAGGAGGAGAAGAGUCUGGUGGAGCAGCAGAGGAACAAUUUCAGCCAUUUGGACUCAGCUCAGCCACUACAGAGGAAACAAUGACUUCAACACAGGAGGACCAACAUGGAGCGAGAAGUCAGCGCUCUCGUGAGGCCGACAAACCUCACAGAAGAAAGGGAGAGAAAAAAUACAGCUGUGAUGAGUGUGGGAAGGAUUUUAGCCAUCCUAAAAACUUGAAACCCCACCAACUCAUCCACAGUGGAAUUAAAUCGUACAGCUGUGCUGAGUGUGGAAAAUCUUUUACCCAGGCUGGACACUUAAAAACACACCAAAUCAUCCACAGUGGAGUUAAACCAUACAUCUGUGACUUAUGUGGAAAUUCUUUUACUCAGGCUGGAAGUUUAAAAACACACAAAUUCAUUCACAGUGGAGUUAAACCAUUCAGGUGUGAUUUGUGUGGAAAGUCUUUUACCCAUCUCGGAAGCUUGAAAACACACCAGCUUAUCCACCGUGGCGUUAAACCGUACAGCUGUGACUUGUGUGGAAAAUCUUUUAGCCAACCUGGACACUUAAAAACACACCAACUCAUCCACAGCGGAGUUAAAGCACACAGCUGUGAGUUGUGUGGUAAAGCUUUUACGCGCAGUAGCCACUUAAGAAGCCAUCAAGUUACCCACUCUGGAAUCAAGGCGUACAGCUGCGACAUUUGUGGAAAAAAUUUUGGCCAGUCAGGACACCGAAAUAUUCAUGUACGGAUUCACACCAAAAAUGAUUUUUGCUUCUGUGAUCAGUGUGGCAAACUGUUUGUGACACACAAAGAUUUACAGCAGCACAUGUUUACCCACACUGAGGAGAGACCUUAUAAAUGUGACCUAUGUGUAAAGGCUUUUAAAGAGCCACGUUCCCUAAGAGUCCACCAACAGAUUCACUUCAGAAAGAAACUCUACAAGUGCAGUUACUGUGAGAAGCAGAGCGACACAGAUGGAUCCAGUUCUCAACCCUGUCGUCACUGUGGUGGUGGGAAAGUGUGUCGUUGCGUUGUUUGUGCAUAACAUUUCAAACAUCAAGAGCGCCUAAAACCACAUCAAUGUAGACACACUGGAGACAAAAUGAACUACUUCAACGAAUGUGGAAGAGGCUUCCCCACAUCAAGUCAAUUAAUAAAAAAGCAAUUAACCAUAAAGCACUAUCUCCUUCACACUGGUAUUCAAAAGCACCUUUGUGACCAGUGUCAGUCAUCCUUCAUUACUGUACGUGACCUUAAAGUGCAUAAAUGAGUCCACACAAGAAAGAAACCAUACAAGUGCAGACACUGUGACAGAAGCCUCCUACAAUCGGCUCAUUGUAAACUUCAUGAGAUUACACACAUUGAAGGGAACCUGCAAAGGAAGAAUUUCAUGGCUCUGAGUAACCAUUUGGUUUUUUGUGAUGUAUAUGAACAAUAAAUUUCCUGAAUCUUGAA